AUGCAGAGCCAAGAUAGCCCGCCUCGACAUCUGAGGAAUGUGCCCGGCUUCCGAGAUCUUCGUAUCGGCUCGCCUACCAGCUGGCGCUCCUCGCUCCAUCGCAGACAGCUGAACGGUGAAAGUCACAGUGACUUAUACGAGCUGCUCGACACCUUGAACACAGAAUCCGAUCAGAACACAACCGCAGGUCAUCCAGACACCCGAGUGGAGAACGGCCAGCUCUAUGGGGAGCCUAUCUAUGCCGAAACUAUUGUGGGCCAGCCUGCUGUUCCUCGAUCGCAGCGCCUGGUAGGCAGCUCGGAGGAAACUCUGACAGCACAGCCAUUUCGGCGCGCUGCAAUAUGGAAAGAGCUCUGGUUUCCUCUGCUGUGCAUACACGGCUCGAUGCUACUCAUUCUAGGUACGCUGGCUGUCCUAGUUUCGGUCUACCGAGUGAAGCCUCAGAGAGGUCUCUUCUUCGACCCCAUCGGAUGGACCGACAGCAGGCAAAGGGCCUAUAUACUACUCAACGUCCCCGCAACAUGGUUGACGUUCGUUACGGGACGAGCCACACAGAUCGCGGGCCUUCUCUCGGGAUUCCUCAUGCAACUGUGGACUUGGAAGACGGCACAAUCGAUGGCCGAGGCUUCCAAGUUACCGAAAGCCGAUGAAUUACCAACUCCAUAUCAACUCAGCUUGCUGAUAGGAAUGCUCCUGGCUUCUCCUGACAGACUGCGACGAUACGUUUCAUAUCGAUGCUUCCGGCAGCAACGAAAGAAGGCACCACGCUCUCCCGGGCUUCUUCUCCAAGCCGGGCUCAUGCUCAGUGUUUGCUUCCUCAUGGCGACUCUGAUGUUCAGUGCUGAUACCUUGGUGCACUACACGACGGAAACGAUCCAGUACGACCAAGUGAGAGUGGACAGCAUUGUACAGGGAUCCGGGCGCGGCUUAUCUGAGCAGUGCCUGUCUGUAAAGAGGGAAGAGAAUUUCGGGUUUCCCUGUUCGAUCAACAACCUCAUCUCCAAUGAAGCAUUCCUUGCCGAACAUAACGAGAUGCUCUUUCUGUACCACAACAGCUCACAGACCUCGGAGAUUCGAGUCGUCGCAUCCGACGUCGGCGACAUGGCACUCCUGCUUCCCAAAACUCAAAGUCUCUCACCAUAUGUCGACUACCGUGCUUCCACGAUCGGCAUUACCUCGCAGUGCAAGCCUGUCACCACGUCGUGCAACUUUGACGUCUGGGGUCCCGAGGAUUUGUACUCCGGCUUCUACUGCAGUCCCAAUUUCUGGGGUUCCCUGGGUGGAUCCGAGACGAACGUUUCUGUGCCUGGCACAGACUAUCCUGCCUUGGCGUUCAAGGUCGAUUCCAAUAUUCUGCUGGCUUUCUUCAUGGACGAAGGUCUCACCGAACCCUACAACCCCUUUGGAUACAACCCAGACACGGGCGCCCCGGAUCCAAACAUCCCGCUUAUGCCCGACAGCCAACUUAUCAAUAAAGUCUACGUUGCCUUCGCCACCAGAUUUGCAUCCACCGCCGUCCUCGCCAACGCCGACCUCUCCCUCGACGCAGGCUUCUUCAAGGGUCCGAAUCCCGUUUACGACAGCGUCAUCGCAUGCAGCUACCAAUCUCUCCAUGUCGAGUACAAUUGGUUCAACGGUUCCAUCAGGGACUUGGAGACCACUCCGGCACCGAACGGAACGAUCUCGGAAAUCUGGCACGGCGGGCACAUUUCGUCCUCGGUCUCCGGCACGAGCGCGACGCUACAGACGAUCCUCAAACAGGCCGCCGUGCAGAACUCGAGCACGGCCUUUGCGCAGACGUGGGCAAGCCUAUACUCGCCUGUCAUCAUGGCCACUAUUGGCGGCCUGAGUUCCCCUCGGGCAAACCUGCUACAACAGACUCGGGUACCAAUGUUAGUCAUCAAGGUUUCGAUUCCUGCGCUAGUGUUCUUGGGCUGGUGCUGUCUCGCGUACAUCGCGGUGGGUUGUACCCUGGCCGUGCUUGCCGUGCGGACCGCGUCAAGAGGAGACGUGCGCGACGCCAAAGUCAGACUGACGCUGUUCGGACUCGUCGCGUGGGCCGUGGCUGCGGCGGGACGACGGGGACAUGGCGGUGGUGGCGGGCUCUUACCUCGGGAGCAGGAUAUCGGGGAAGAGGACGAUAGAGUGGGAUUACUGCAGGGUCGGGACGGUAGCUUUUACUUCAAGGUGAUCAGCGGUGGUGAUAAGGAUGCGAGAACGCGGAUCAAUCCGUCUGCAUGCUAG